AUGAAGGCAUUGAGGUCCUGGAGUUUGCACCUUCUACUGUUGCUUUUUAGAAGCUGCGUCAGUGCGUGGCUUUCAUUGAACGAUUGUGGGAGAGUUGGAAGUAUUCGUCAACGUACUUUCUCAGACGACAAUGGCCGAUUCCAAUCUACCACAAACUCUGAUAUUGACAUCCCACAGACGAGCCAUGAUAGCACGUUUCUAAGUCAAGUGGAAGACACGGUUUCCAAUGUGCUGAACCACUACGGCCGCGAAAAUGUGGAAACUAGCGACUUAGUUCUUUCCCUGAACCCUCCGGAACGAGAAUCCUUUGGUGUGGCUCGUUGUCUCGACACGAGAUUGCAAUCCUUUCGAAGAAACAAGGACUGCCCUCGGUGUUGGUUGCAGAGAGCGCACUGCAUUUGCGAUCAAUGUCCACCACUCAUGAUUCAGGAGGAAAGUGUUAUUCGUCGCAUCUUUCUGUUGAUGCACCACAAAGAAAUCUGCUUGGCUGUGGACACGGCCAAGCUAAUCCUGGCUUGUUUUCCACAUCACUGUCGAUUAGUAGUGGCAGGCAUUGGUCCCGAAUAUCAGUCAUCCAUGAAGGAAUUGCAAGAGGCAAUCCACCAGCCGAAUUGUCUAGUGCUGUUUCCGUCGGAGGAUGCUCAGACGUUUGCUGAUAUUUUGGCCUCCAAUUCAAAACAACAACAAAACGAAAAACGAGAGGGAAUCGGUAGCGAUGGAAGCGUACGAUGGGAUCUCAUUGUCAUUGAUGGGACCUGGUCACAAGCGCAAAAGAUCCACAAACGAUACUUCCCACCCACAGAAAAAGGAGGCCCUCAGCGAGUACAGCUUUCGUCGACAUCCUUGUUGCCACUGCACAACAGCCACAAUGCUGGUCACCAACAGCUUCGACGCCAUCCCAUUGACUUGCGCACCAUUAGUACAAUGGAAGCUACGCGCCUGCUUUUGAAGGAGAUCUUGGGAGAAACAGCAGCAUCCACUGGUGACGGGACUACUAGUGUUUGGGACACCAUGCUGCACUAUCAAAAGAUAUCCAAUGAGGCAGCUCAGAGACAGCUGGGCCCGCCAAGAACCAAGGCAACACCAGACUCCCAGCUUCCCAUGCAAUGCAGGCAACCAAGGAUUCAGCCCAGCUAG